CGGGCGGUAACACGCGAGGCGUCCGCAGCCGGGAAAACUGGAGGGCUGCGCGCGGAGGCGGCAGGUAGCCCUGCGCGACCUGGCUCCGCUGAGAGGGCGCCGCUCGCGAUUCCACGUUUCCGCGCCGCCGCAGCGCUAGAGCCUCACUGAGGCGGGCGGAGGAGGAGAGGGAGAGGAGGGGGGCCGGGCCGGGUCCCCGCCCUCCGCACCCCGAAUGGAUGUGCCCGGCCCGGGGUCCCGGCGGGCGGCGGCGGCGGCGGCUGCCACCGUGCUCCGGCGCACAGCCCGCGUGCCCCGCGAAUGCUGGUUCUUACCCACUGCGCUGCUGUGCGCCUACGGCUUCUUCGCCAGCCUCAGGCCGUCCGAGCCCUUCCUGACCCCCUACUUGCUGGGGCCCGACAAGAACCUGACGGAGAGGGAGGUCUUAAAUGAAAUUUAUCCAGUAUGGACUUACUCUUACCUGGUGCUGCUGUUCCCUGUGUUCCUUGCCACAGACUACCUCCGUUAUAAGCCUGUCGUUCUGCUGCAGGGACUCAGCCUUAUUGUUACAUGGUUCAUGCUGCUCUACGCCCAAGGACUGCUGGCCAUUCAGUUCUUAGAAUUCUUCUAUGGCAUUGCCACAGCCACUGAAAUUGCCUAUUACUCCUAUAUCUACAGCGUGGUAGACCUCAACAUGUACCAGAAAGUCACAAGUUACUGUCGGAGUGCCACCUUGGUGGGCUUUACUGUGGGCUCUGUCCUGGGGCAAAUCCUCGUCUCCGUGGCAGGCUGGUCCCUGUUCAGUCUGAAUGUCAUCUCUCUUACCUGUGUUUCUGUGGCUUUUGCUGUGGCCUGGUUUCUGCCUAUGCCACAGAAGAGCCUUUUCUUUCACCAUGUUCCUUCCACUUGCCAGAGAAUGAAUGGCAUCAAGGCACAAAAUGGCGGCAUUGUAACCAACACCUCAGCUUCUAACCACCUUCCUGGGUGGGAGGACAUUGAGUCAAAAAUCCCUCUAAAUAAGGAGGAGCUGGAACCCAAGCCAGACCGUCUCCUUGUGCUGAAGGUCCUGUGGAAUGACUUCUUGAUGUGCUACUCCUCUCGCCCUCUGCUCUGCUGGUCUGUGUGGUGGGCCCUCUCCACCUGUGGCUAUUUCCAGGUGGUGAACUACACACAGGGCCUGUGGGAGAAGGUGAUGCCCUCUCGCAAUGAUGCUGUCUACAAUGGUGGUGUGGAGGCCGUGUCCACCCUCCUGGGUGCUGUUGCCGUGUUUGCAGUGGGUUACAUAAAAAUAUCCUGGUCGACGUGGGGGGAGAUGACGCUGUCUCUGUUUUCCCUGCUGAUUGCUGCCUCCGUGUAUAUCAUGGAUACUGUGUGUAACAUCUGGGUGUGCUACACAUCCUAUGUGGUCUUCAGAAUCAUCUACAUGUUGCUCAUCACUAUAGCAACUUUUCAGAUAGCUGCUAACCUCAGCAUGGAGCGCUAUGCCCUGGUGUUUGGUGUGAACACCUUCAGUGCUCUGGCCCUGCAGACACUGCUCACCCUCAUUGUGGUGGAUUCCAGUGGCCUUGGCUUAGACAUCACCACUCAGUUCCUGAUCUACGCUGGGUAUUUUGCACUCAUCGCUGUGGUUUUCCUGGCUAAUGGUACAGUUACUAUUAUGAAGAAAUGUAGAAAGCAAGAAGAUGCAGAAUUGAGUUCUCAAGUAUCUACGUCAUAAUACACGGCUGAUAAGCUGCUGCUUAUAGCAAAAACUGCACAGCAACUGUGCCUGGAUGUAUUUAAUGUUUUAAUAUGUAGACGUAUAUUUAUGAAUGUGCUUUUUAAGGCUUCAAAGCAGCCAACUGACUAUACUCUGUGUUCCUAGAGUAACAAUACUGUUUAGAGGAGCCAGAGGUGAAGUUUAUCUCGUGGAUUAUUUGUGAAAGCUGUUUUAAGGAUUACUUUGUUCUGCUUGAACUUGAUUUUGAAAACCAAGUAAUAAGAGCACUCAAGCACCACAUGGCGUUUAUACUUUUUUUUUUUCAAGAUUUUAUUUAUUUAUCAGAGAGAGAGACAGAGGCAGGCAGAGGGAGAAGCAGGCUUCUUGCUCAGCAAGGAGCCCAAUGUGGGACUUGAUCCCAGGACCCUGGGAUCAUGACCUGAGCCGAAGGCAGACGCUUAACCGACUGAGCCACCCAGGUGUCCCACAUGGCGUUUAUACUUGAUAGCAAGUGAGUAUGGUGUUUCAUAGGUCAAGUUACUUCCCUGUAUCUGAUCAGCCAGGGGCUUGGCCUGGUGGGACCAGGGCUUCCCAGGGGCCAUGGGAUAUUACAGGUCAGAAGAGAAAUAGGUUCUAACAGCACCUGCCUCUGUUCAACUUAAUUCUUAUUUCUGUGUUCCUCAUGUGCAUUUGUGUUUCUAUAGAAGAAAGUUGUUCUUAUCACUGGCAAUAUUUGCUCUGGUUUGGUGUUCUGUUGUAUUAGGAAUGUGUGUCAUUUCUAAUUUUCAGUUAUUUUUAAAAAUUCAUUGUAUGAAUGUUCUGUUUCCAUCUUGACAAUUUUGUAUUUAUGUAGAUUAUCUUUAGAAAUAUACUUCUGCUUUAUUCAUAUGCUUCCCAGAGAAGCUCAUUUAGUUAGAAAAUAAGGCAAGUUUUGAGGCUUGCUAAUAAUCUAAAUGAAGAGACCUAAUCAGAACACUCAAGGUAUGUUUUGCCUGUCUUUUAGUCUUCAGUAUGAAGGACUUUUAAUUCUAUGAUGAAAAGUUAAUAUAUGAGCUAAAGAUGCAACUAGCCCAUAUUGUAUUCGUGUUUCCUUUUAUUUCCAAAAUAAAAUGGAAGUCUUUUUUUUAAUAUCUUCAUCCCUAUUUAUAGCUUAUAUAUUAUUUGUCCUUCUUAUCCAAGAUAUAGAUGUCAUUAGGAGUUAGAUUUGUUGGAUUAUUAGAAGGCCUUUUCACAAACUGAGCCUCUUUUUAAUUAUUUCAGUGGGACAGGAACUAGGAUAGACUUGAUUCCUGCGUUUCGUACGUUAAAUCUGCCUUUGUAAGGGUGGAUCAUCUUGGAAUAUCUGCUUAAAAUAAUAAUUGCUAGUGAUUUCAUUUCUAAGGUACUGGGAAAAUGUUAUUAUGUAAGCAUCGAAUUCUGUAAUUAGUCAACCAAGUGGCUGCUAGUGUAUGUGAGACAUGAAAACCAUUUUAAAGCCGACUUUGUUACCUUAUCUUGAAAAAAAAUAUCUAGGUUAACUUAUUUAGAAUAACACAGGUAAGUAGUGUGAAUAAUAAUAUCAAGAUUCCAAAGUUGGCAUAUUCAUUUAGUAUAAGUGGGAACACUAGAAGUAAAUGAAAGAGGAUAAGUAUAGGCCAUUUUCCACUCACUUUCCUUUCUGAUCAAGGCAAGAGCAGAACACUAAGGGAAGGAGAAGUGAUGUCAUAAAAGGACGGCCUCUAAUUUUAUAUUGUGUCUUUUGUUUUGCUACGUAGGGGAUUGUUUAUUCAGAAACAGGUAGAAAAGUGGUGUUCGAGGGAUUUUAUUUUAAUGUUUUUUAAUAAAAUGGACUGUGGUACAAUCAAAAUCUUCCUGUUACCAAAGCAAUAUUUCCCUGGAAUUUAAUUCAAAGUUCGUGAUACACAACUGGAGCCUUUACUUAUUUAAGACAAUAAUAAGUUCAUAUCCUGGUGUGUGGCCAUAUUUACAGAAUGCUGAGCCCAGUUUGUAAGUUGUACUGUAUACAGUUUUGCAAAGAAGUGAAAGUAAUUUGUUGUACUUUUUAUUCAAUUCUGUAUAGAUUAUAAAAUUAUUUUUAUUAAAUAAAUAUUUUACAUUAUAUUUUUCCUUUUAA